UCCGAAGAAGAAGAAGAUUCUUAUUCGGAUGGCGGCUGGUGUUGCCAGAUUGGGGAAGUUUCCACCCAAUUGGGUUUCUUUUGAACAAGUUGAGCUGAAGAAAAUAGCUUUGGGAUGGUUGCUAAAAAUUGGGCUGCUUUUCACAACAUUUGGCGGGUUUUUAGAAAGUAUUUCUUCAAUCAGCUGUCAUUGUGCGCCGGAAAAGUACAGACUUACAGAUUUUAGUAAAAUACUUAUAUUUAUUGUUCAUCUAUGUUGAAAUGUAGAGAAUUUGGCGAACUUGACACCAAUCAGUGUUGGUUAAUCAACUGUUACUGAGAAAUACAUUGGUUAAUGUCGAUUGUAAACGACUCUAAUGGGGGUAAAAAAGUUCAACGAAGCCACACUGAGGUGUACUGGCUUAAAGCCCUUUACUUUUAAGCGUUGACAUGAUGUUGAGAGACAGCAUCAUGCUGAAGGGGGAUAAUACAAAGAAAUAUACACAAAGGAGUGGGAGGCUGAUCUGGAGCUAAAAUCGUGGAUAGCCCUUGUCCCAUGGGAUGACUCGAAAGCUCUCUGCAAGUCAUAAUUUAAAAGAACACGGCGCUGCAUUCUUGGUUCCAGGAGGGUUGAGUUUUGGGAUGUUUUUUAUUGAGGUGUGCGGGUUUUAUGUCGUGUUUGGUCUGGAAACUGUCAUAACUGGCAACCCUGAAGAAAAAGGAAGAGGAGGAAUCUUUCCAGUAAAAAUGUCUUCAGUUGAACCCCAGAGAGAGAAGAUCAACGAGCAGUUAACUCCUGCUGAAGAAACAUUCACUGAGUUCAAAGUAAUCAUCGUCAAGUCCGAGGAAGAGAUGGAUGGUCAGCGCAGACUUCCGGAUUUCAGCCGGAUCCCCUUAGAUCUCUCGCAAUAUUGUGUCUGUAAAGAGGAGGGGGUUUCCACUGACAUCAGCAACCAGGAGGGGAACUCCACUUUAGAUCAAGAGGAACCAGAACCUCUGCAGAUAAAACAGGAGCAAGAGGAACUAGAACAUCAACAGUUCAAAGAGGAAGAGGAGCAACUCUGCAUCAAUCCCUCGCAAUAUUGUGUCUGUAAAGAGGAGGGGGUUCCCACUAAAACCAUCAACCAGUAUAGGAACUCUACUUCAGAUCAAGAGGAACCAGAACCUCUGCAGAUAAAACAGGAGCAAGAGGAACUAGGACAUCAACAGUUCAAAGAGGAAGAGGAGCAACUUUGCAUCAAUCCCUCGCAAUAUUGUGUCUGUAAAGAGGAUGGGGUUCCCACUAAAACCAUCAACCAGUAUAGGAACUCCACUUCAGAUCAAGAGGAACCAGACCCUCUGCAGAUAAAACAGGAGCAAGAGGAACUAGGACAUCAACAGUUCAAAGAGGAAGAGGAGCAACUCUGCAUCAGUAAGGAUGAAGAGCAGCUUGUGCCAAAGCAGGAGACUGAUGACAUUUUGGCGAUUCCUUCUAUCCACAGUGAAUCAGAACCAAACAGGAACCAACUCAUCUCUCAGACCUCCCCUAAAGUUGAGAACCAGGAUCAGGAAGGAAGCAAUUCUGAAGACCCAGGAAAAAAGAGAAAGGAAAAGCAGAAACAAAGGAAGAGAUGCCAGAAAACCAAACAGCGGAAAGGAGCUGGUGACAGUUCAACACAAAAAACACACAAGAGAACUCACCCAGGCCAAAAUACAUAUUCCUGUAAAAUUUGUAAUAAAAUCUUUUCGCAAAACAGUCACCUGACUAGACACAUGAGAACUCACAUGUGUGAAAAGACUUUCACAUGUAUAACCUGUGGAAAAAGUUUCAGAAGCAGAAAUAGUUUAACUCAUCACUGGAGAAAUCACACAGAUAAGAAGCCUUACUCAUGUACGACUUGUGGAAAAAGUUGUAGAGAUAAAGAUGGUUUAACUCAACACAUGAGAACUCACACAGGUGAGAAGCCUUACUCAUGUGUGACCUGUGGAAAAAGUUACAGUGAAAGAACUGGUUUAAAUUAUCACAUGAGAACUCACACAGGUGAGAAGCCUUUCUCAUGUGUGACCUGUGGAAAAAGUUACAGACAAAAAGAUGGUUUAAAUCGUCACAUAAGAAGUCACACAGGUGAGAGGCCUUUCUCAUGUGUGACCUGUGGAAAAAAUUACCGUCAGCAAAACUGUUUAAUGGUUCACAUGAGAAUCCACACAGGUGAGAAGCCUUUCUCAUGUGUGACCUGUGAAAAAAGUUUUAGAAAAAGAUCUCAAUUAAAAAUUCACAUAAGAACUCACACAGGUGAGAAGCCUUUCUCAUGUGUAACCUGUGGAAAAAAAUACCGUCAGCAAAACUGUUUAAUUGUUCACAUGAGAACUCACACAGGUGAGAAGCCUUUCUCAUGUGUAACCUGUGAAAAAAGUUUCACCAGUAGAAGCAAUUUAAAUGUUCACAUGUCAACUCACACAGGUAAGACGAUAUAAUGUGGACUUGAUAUCAAGGUGCUCAAUAACUGUUUAGAAGGCAGAGUAAUUACAGCUGGAUCACAUUUUUUAAAUUUAGCAGCGUGGUUAAAAACGCAUUUGAAAGCAAAGUUCUUACUGAAAUACUUAAAGGACCUUAUUCUGUAAACUUCCCAUUUAAAAGCGAUUAUUUUUUUAGGUGAGAUAUUCAUUAAAACAUGUCUUAAUUAAAAUAGGUGUUAAUGGAUGGUUUUUUCAAGUGCGAUAUUUAUAGUGUGUCUUAGAGAAAUAAUGGGUUAAAAUACUUUCAGAUUUAUGCUGCAGCAACUUUUAGAGCUUUGAGAGUCUUUUGUGUAUGUUUAUGUUUUACUUUUUUGUUCAAUUAUUAAUUUUGGUCUGUGAAUACUGACAGGUUAAUGUAUGUACUGGUAGGCUAUAAAUGGAUUUCCCUUGAGUUUUCUGAAUUUCAAUCUAAACAUCACACAUUUUACCAUUAUUUUCUCUUAAUUUCUGAAUCAGGAAGGAAAGACUUGUAAUUAUAUGAUGGCAACAACACAAACAUAAGGUUUACCAAACCAUGACAAUACUGGAGAUGUUUUACAUAAAUCUUCUGUUUUUUUUUUUUUUUACCUAUAUAUCUUUCUUUUUAUCUAUUACACUGAUGUUUUGUUAAUGGUGGUUUAUUUUUUAGGAUAUCAGAAAAUGUAUGAUGGCAUGCUUGUAAACUCUGUUCUUCAAGUAAACAGAUUUUUAUUUCAAGG